CCGACGGCUGCCGGGCCACCGGGAGCCCGCGGCGCGCACAACCACGCGCGGAGCCCUGCCAAAGGCAGCGGGUGCCAAACCUGAAUUACCAGCCCAGAGAGCGGCUGUGGAUCCCGGGAGCUCCUGUGAUUUGCGGCAGGUUUUUCAGGUCCCCGCCUGUCAAACACACACGCAGAUACUUAAGCAGUCACCCAAGGACCUGCGGGGUUCUUGUUUUACACACUUCUGGUCCCUGCCAGCUCCAGUGCCUGGCCCCAUAGCCCUGCCCCAGGAGGAGAUGGCCAUGGAAAAGCCAGUGAUUCCCACUGAGGAGCAGCUGGAGAUCCUGGAGUACCACUUCUGCAAGGUGAAUAAGCAUCCUGACGCCACCACACUGUGCCUCAUCGCUGCUGAGACCGGGCUCUCCGAGGAGCAGACUCUGAAAUGGUUCAAGCAGCGCCUGGCGGAGUGGAGGAAGUCUGAAGGGCUGCCCUCAGAAAGUGGGUCUGUCAGGGACUAGAGGAUGCUGCUCCAGUCCCCUCACCUCUUAUAAAGGAUGGUGAAGCUCUUCAGAGUGGGUUUCCUCGGGGUUCUUCUGUUGCAAUAGGUUUUGCGAUACAAAGUAAUACUCUGCUAUUUAACAUAAAUUUUAUUUAACA